AUGCAGUUGCCGCUCUGCCUUGCAGUUGCUGCCACCUGUUUGGCCAGCGUUAUUCUCGCGCAUCCCGGGGAACAUCAUGAUGAUGCCCUUGUCAAGCGCAAGUUGAACAUGCAAGAAGCUCGGGCUACUCACGGCAACCGUGCUCUCGCUAAGUGUGCUCGCUCUCAGGCCUACCGUUCGUUUCGUGCGCGAAACAUCGAACGUCGCGAGUUGAAAGCCCUAGGAAUUCGUCAGGAACGCGGCCUCAGUGACAGCAAGUUCUCCUUCUCUUAUUCUUACUACAAGACCAACGUCCACUUUCGUCGAACCUCAGAUGACAUGGAGAAAUGGGCCGCUGUUGAGCACAACAAGACUGGAAAAAUUACUCCGUUCGGUAAUGUUUUUGACACAGAAACCACCUGUAUACUGGCUCCUGUCAUCACCGAUGGCCCGUACUAUGUUUGGGGCGAGUUGAUUCGCCAAAAUGUUGUCGAGAAGAAGUACUCUCGAGGUGUCCCAAUGUAUCUUGAGAUCCAAUACAUCGACGUGGACACCUGCCAGCCUCUUCCAGAUCUCUACGUGGAUAUAUGGAAUGCAAAUGCUACUGGAGUGUAUAGUGGUAUCUCGGAAAGUGGCAACUACGCCGCUGCAGGGUGGAACAGCACUUACUUGCGAGGCAUUCAGCCGACUGACAGUGACGGAGUCGCAGCGUUUGACACUAUCAUUCCCGGCCAUUAUUCCGGUCGAGCCACCCAUACCCAUCUGCUUGUCCACACCAACGCCACAAUUCUUGCGAAUGGUACACUCCAAAUCAACUCCGGUUCAAUCACUCAUAACGGACAAUUGUUCUACGACGACGCCCUUCGAUCUGCUGUCGAGGCGUCGAAUCCUUACAACACCAACACGAUUGCGGUUACCAGCAAUGAAGAAGACCAGUGGUUGCCAGAGCAGGCAACUUCGAGUUAUGAUCCAUUUAUUCGCUAUGUCUAUUUGGGCGAUGAUAUUUCGGAUGGCAUUUUCGCAUGGAAGGAAAUUGGUAUCAAUUCCACUGCGGAUUACACCAACGAUUCGGACUACGCCAUUGCUGCUUACCUUGGAGCUAAUGGGGGCUACGAAAAUGAGGGUGCUCACGCGUUCUCGGGCGGUGGCUCCUCGUGA